CAUAAAGUGUUCAGGGAGAUUCAGUUGAGACUGAUAGAAAAGAGACCAAAAGAGGAGACAAUGGGAAGGAAGACACCUCGAGUGUCAGAGGUCUAUCUUUCUUGAGGAUCUCAACAUUAUUCUUCAUACUGUAAGAAGAAAAGAUACCGAAAGACCCACCGUCUCUGUACUGUAUAUCGUAGGGUGGAUCGUUACGUUGUAGAGAUACUAGCUGGCGACGAGUGGCGCUUGCGAUUAAUUAACGCAACAUUUUUUGCCUCUUUUGUUCUGGUAUUCCUCCUUCUGUACUUACGAUCAGGGUUUAUUUACCUUAGUUUAAGCAGCGACAACCCUGGAUAUCUGUGGUAUAGGUGUUCUCGUCUCGAGUGAUGAAUUGUUAUUCAUUUGUGAAAUGAGGGAAAAUGUAAAAAUACUUUGCGCUCUUUUGAAUUAGUAAUUCGAUUCAGGUAUCCGAAAUGUUGUACGGGUAGUGCAUAAGAAAGUAGAUCGCCGAGACGGUAACGAGAGGAAUAAACCAGAAUGAAUCAUGCGAGCAAUGAUGCACAUGGCGGGAACGUAUAUGCAUCGAGUGCAAUAAUUAAUUGUAUCAAUGGAGUAUCAUUAGUUUCCAUAUAAACAGACUCUCGCCCUCGGUCUUCGCGCUACUUUUCGUUGGGUGUCGUCGACGCUCGCCGUCGGCGUCCUCAACGCGGUGAGCUACGUAAAUAUGAUAUCGGAAUCAGAUACAAGGAAACCAUAAUUCACAGCGGGCUUUGCCGCGACUAGAAAGUGGAAUAUUUUUAUGGGUGGUUAUCUCAGUGAGUUGCGACAAAUUGAGUUGAGUCAAUGAUUAAAAAAAGUCUCAAGGAUAAUUCAUGAGAAAAGGCACUUUCCAGGGCGAUGUACUGCUUUGGUGCAGGAUGCUUCUACCGGCUGUCACCAAGAGAAUUUACAAUCUUCAGAAUAAACAAUUGAUCAAGUUGUUCUCGCGAUUGUUUUCGCAAGAUGAAAACGAGAUGCUGGAACACUUGGAGCAGGGGGACGUGGCUGAGACAGUGCGCUGUUUCUUUGAGGAUAGCGAUGUUGUCCGUCCUAAUCGACAGAGUGUGCUUACGUUGAAGGAGGUCGAUCAGUUUCUUGAGAAUCUAUCAAAGCUAACGCGAGAGGACGAUCAAGUUCAACAUUUUGCCAGCAUUGUUGACAGAUGCACAUCAAACGAUUUGAAAAUGAUAGUCCGACUUAUAAAACAUGAUCUGAGGAUAAACGCAGGUCCAAAACACAUACUCGAAGCAAUUCAUGAAGAGGCCUACAGAGCUUUUCAAGUUUCCAUGGACUUGAAUACAGUUAUAUCUCGUUUUGUGAAUCCGCCAAGCAGUAACACUUCAAACGCUUCAUCAAGUUCAAAUUUGGCAAGUCCGUCCACUUUGUCUAAAGUGACUGUUGUUUUAAUGACACCUGUUCUACCUAUGCUGGCCGAGUCUUGCACGUCCGUGGAAAUGGCCAUGAAGAAGUGUCCACUUGGAAUGUUGUCCGAGGUCAAGUACGACGGUGAAAGAGUGCAAGUGCAUAAAAGAGGAAGUGAAUUCCGUUACUAUAGUCGUUCUCUAAAACCAGUAAUGUUACACAAGAUUAACCAUUUUAAGGAUUACAUUCCUAAAGCCUUUCCGUCGGCUGAUGAUCUAAUUCUUGAUUCUGAGAUAUUGAUGAUCAAUACGAAAACGGGACAGCCUUUACCGUUUGGCACACUUGGUGUACAUAAGAAAGCUCAAUUUAAAGAUGCCAACGUUUGCCUCUUUGUUUUUGACUGUCUUUAUUACAAUGGUGAUGUUCUAAUCGACCAGCCUAUGAUAACUCGCCGGAAAAUUUUAGAGGAAAAGAUAACACCGAUACCUAACAGGAUACAAUUGUCUCAGAUUGAAGAAAUCCAUGAUCGAAAAGCUUUAGCAGAAAUGAUAGUGAGAAUCUUGAAGAUGGGUCUGGAGGGUUUAGUCCUGAAGGACAUUACCGGAAAAUACGAACCAGGGAGACGGCAUUGGCUGAAGGUAAAGAAGGACUACCUAUUCGAAGGUGCUAUGGCAGAUAGUGCAGAUCUAGUUGUUCUCGGCGCUUGGUAUGGCACAGGACAAAAAGGAGGUAUGAUGUCCAUUUUCCUUAUGGGCUGUUACGACGAGGAACGUGACUGCUGGUUGACUGUGACCAAGGUUCACACGGGACAUGAUGACGCGACCCUGGCACAGUUACAGAGCGAAUUGGAUAUGGUGAAGAUCAGUAAGGAUCCAAAUCUUGUACCAAAAUGGCUGAAGGCUAAUAAACCUAUGAUACCUGAUUUUGUAGCUAAAGAUCCAAAGAAGCAACCUGUUUGGGAAAUCACUGGUGCGGAAUUCACGAAUCAAGGUGUCCAUACUGCUGAUGGUAUCAGCAUCCGUUUUCCCAGGGUAACAAGAAUUCGUCAUGACAAAGAUUGGAAAACGGCUACAUCAUUAGCAUAUCUUCGGAUUCUUUUUAAGAGGAGUUCAGAAUCAAUGGAUUUUAGUCUUCUCCUUGGAAACACAUCGAACGAAGAUAAAUCAGAAAUUAAACCUGGUACGUUAAAUAUAUUCGCAGGGACUUCAACGACGUCUGUAAGGGACUCAACGCGGCAGACGAUGAAAUCAAUUAACGGUGUGAAUAAGCGGAAAGAGAGGUACGAGAGCGAAGAGGAGUCUGCGGAAACUUCAAUGACUGAAUUGAAGAAGAUAAACGGGAAGAAAAUAAAGAGUGAGAAGAAAUGUCACCUAGAUUUUAUGACUACGUCGUCAUCAAAACUACAAGCUGGAAGUUCCUUGAAAAAUGAAAAUACUGAUAAGCCAAUCCAGAAAAUUGAACAAAAUUUUUAUGAGGAUAUUAAAGUAAAACAGGAGAGCCCUUCAUCUCUUUUGAUCUACGAUCUACCAACUGAUUCUGAAACGGAAGCCGAGAGUGAAGACAAUGAACGUAGUGAAUACUACACGUAUAUGAAUAGAUCAAGAUGCUUAGGAUCCUUCAAGAACGUACGAGCAAUACUAGUACCGGACAUCGAAGGUAGCAAACGAGCUGAACUACAUAAAAAAUUAAAGACACUCGGUGUAACAGUUCUUGAGAAGAAAAAUAGGUCUAUGGCCACCCACGUGAUACAUCAAGCCAAGACUAUACGUCAGGAUGAGAGUGAGAUCUUCAGGGACUAUGGUAAAGAGGCCUUACACGUUUGCGAAUCCUGGGUGGAGGAAUCGGUGAAGCAAGCCCGACCUGUCAAAAUGGAACCACAUGCCGUGAUACUUUUGCCAUUUUACUGCAGUUGUCGUCACCCACAACUGUAAUAUUCCCUGGGAGAAUGUAUUGAUAGU